GGUUAAAAGGAUGGAGGGAAUCACUCCAGAUUGCACCUCUGGAAGAAAUUUCAUACAAAAUGAAAUCAAAGACUACCUACUUGAAACUUCUGUUUUGGAUGGGAUAAGUAUUGCUGGUAAGUCAUAUAAAUAAAUGUGCUGCUAAGAUUUGAAUUUACUAAGGUAAUGGCCUAGCCCAAAUUUGGUUGUGUGUGGUGUGUGUGUUUAGUUUGUUUGUUUUUAUUUUUUUAUUCUAAAUAAACUGUGCUGUAAAAUAUUAUGUCUUCUCUAUAAGGUUCCCUGGGGGAAAAAUCCACCAGUCUACCAAGUACUGUGUGUUACAAUGGUCAGAGUUACCCAAAGGCACCAUUACCACAAGACAGUAAAAUCAGAUAAGGCACAUUAUGUGCUGGUCUAUAUAAACUCCUGACUUAAACAUCCAUGGAAGUCUUUGGAGGAAGGGGAUGGGUGGGAUGACCUGCUUUUGUUUUGAGUUUUCUUGCUGGGUUGAUUAUUCUGCCCUUUGAAUAUGUUAAUAGACGGUUUCCAUUUGGUAGGAGGAACAUGAAGGUGCUUAAAGGAGCUUGUGGUCUUGCUGAAUUUGGAGGAUUUGUUGUGUCUCUAGUGGAUUUAGAAACACAGGAAGGGUCAUACUGGACCAGACCUGAAGUCCCGCUAGUUCAGUAUCCUCUCACUAACAGAUGCUUUAGAUGCACACUUUGCAGUAGGCAGAUGUGGGAUAAUCUGCCCCCCCCCCCCCCCCCGCCCCAUUAGUUCCGAUCCUAAUCUCUUAUAGUUUGAGACUGGUUUAAAUCCCAAAGCAUGAGGUUUAAUAUCCCUCCCAAAACUUGUUCAGGUUAGUUAUAACAGCGCUGGCUAUUCUUAUCAGACACGUGUGGCAGGGUAUGUGUGCCCCCUUUUUGAAGGGCAGGCACUUGUGGAAAGCAGUCUCCUUAGCUGCCAUGCUGUGGCUUGCUGCAUCUACUGCUGUCCUUCAUCGAUGGUUAUCCUGGCAGCCUGAUUGGCUGCAUCUAGCUCCUUCCCUCUGCCUGUGCUUUUGGUCUAAGUUUCAGUUUCCUUUCUGCUGCUCUGCUUAGUUUCUUUUCUCCUCCUCCUCCCCGGUGGCUUGGACGUUUUUCCUCUUCCCUCUGAGUCAGCUGAUUUUCAGUAAGUCUCCGUCAGUGGUGAGCUUGCGCUGAGGCUGUCCCCCUCCUCUUGGAAAGGUCAGGGGGAACUUGCCUUCCCUGACUUCAGCCUGCAGCUCAGAGCAGGGGGCACCACCAUCCACCUGCUGCAGCAACAGGGCGCGUUGUGCCGAAGGGUUUUUCUCUCCUUGGCAGGCGUGAAGCCAGGGCAAAGGAUGAAAAGGAAAGCUGGGAACUAGUUCUACAGGAGUUCAAUUAGCUCAAAAACUGGAGCACAGAUGACUGCGGAGCAGAAAGCAGGCCUGCGGUGCUACCGGCAGUACAUCGAGAAGACACUGAAUCCUGCCUAUGUGCUGGGCAACAUGAAGGAAUGGCUCUCUGAUGUUGCCAAAGAGAGAAUUCAGACUGAAGAACAGAAGGAGGGGCUGACUGCUGCUGCGGCACUCUUCGUUGACUCUCUACUGCAGCUCGAAUCAGAAGGAUGGUUUCGGGGAUUUCUAGAUGCACUGAAUGCAGCAGGUUACACUGGUCUGAGAGAAGCCAUUGAAAACUGGGAUUUCCAAAAACUUGAAAGCCUGGAAGUACAUCGACAGCUGCUGAAACGUAUAGAAGCUACGAUGAGAGAAAUUGAUGCAGAACAGAUAAUUCCUUUCUUAAACACUUGUCUCAUAGACCGAGAAUGUGAAGAGAUUCUGCAGGUCAGAGAACUGAAAGGCAGAAUGGCUGGUGCAGUAAAGCUCAUUGAAUGCCUUUCUAGGUCAGACAAGGAAAACUGGCCCAAAACCUUUCAUCUAGCUCUAGAACGAGCAGGAUAUGACCCAACGAGCAAACUGUGGAAUAUGAAAGAAGAUAAUGAUAAAGAGAUGGAUGCUGAGAUGGAGGACCAGAAUGGGAACAGUAGUGCCUUGGACAUAAAUAUACAGUAUUCCGAAGAAGCAGAAGUUCACAAUUUCAGUGAAAGUCCGUGUUCUCCUUCAGAAGUUUCUCAACAACCUACUUAUGGACCAAAGAAGCCUAGAAGUUAUCAGAUUGAGCUUGCCCAGCCUGCUGUCAGUGGGAAAAAUACAAUCAUAUGUGCUCCUACUGGAUCUGGGAAAACCUUUGUGGCACUUCUGAUUUGUGACAAUCAUUUCCAAAACAUGCCCAAGGAACAGAAAGGGAAGAUUGUCUUUCUAGCAACUAAAGUUCCAGUAUAUGAACAACAGAAAAAAGUCUUCACGCAACACUUUGAAAGAACCAGGUACAAAGUUGCAGGGAUUUCUGGGGAAACGGCUGGGGAUGUCUCUUCAGCAAGCAUUAUUGAAGGGAAUGAUAUCAUUGUCUUGACACCUCAGAUCCUUGUGAAUAGCCUCAAAGACGGAACCGUUUCUUCCCUUGCCAUUUUCACUUUGAUUAUAUUUGAUGAGUGCCACAACACCAUUGGGAAUCACCCCUAUAAUGUGUUAAUGACCAGCUACUUGAACCUUAAAUUUGACUCCGCUGCGAAACAGCUGCCUCAGAUUGUUGGCUUAACAGCCUCUGUCGGCGUGGGCAGUGCCAAGACCCUUGAGGAGACGAAAGAAUACAUCUGUACCCUCUGCGCCUGCCUCGACAUACAAGUCCUAUCUACCAUCAGAGAGAACACACAGGAACUGGAGGAGAUUGUAUACAGGCCCAAAAAAUUUUUCAGACUAGUCGGGAAGCGCCCCCAAAACCACUUUAUGGACAUUAUCUCCGUCCUGAUGUCUGAGACUGAGGCCCUGGCAAGCAAGGUUUACCCAAUAGAUACAUUGUCCCACAUUAAGAGUAAACGUUUCGGAACGCAAUGCUAUGAACAGUGGAUCGUUGACACUCAGAAGAAGUGCAGAAUGUUGCAACUGCCGGAUAAGAAGGAAGAGAGCAAGAUUUGUAGAGCUCUUUUUAUUUACACUGAACACUUACGGAAAUACAAUGACGCCCUCAUCAUCAACGAAGAUGCACGGACUCAGGAUGCGUUAGCCUACUUGACUGAAUUUUUCAAUGACAUUAGAAGUGGAGGGUUUGAUGAGAUAGAUCGACAGUUAACAGUGAACUUUGAAGCUAAACAACAGGAACUGAAAGAGGCCUCAGAAGAUGAACUGAAUGAGAAUCCCAAACUGGAGGAGCUCACCUUCAUCCUGAAUGAAGAAUACCGCCUAAAGCCAGAGACCCGCACCCUUCUCUUUGUUACCACAAGAGCUCUAGUGUCUGCUUUGAAGAAAUGGAUUUAUGAAAAUCCUACACUCAGCUACCUAAAACCAGAUACGUUGAUGGGGCGUAGCAAAAGAAACCAGCAAACAGGUAUGACACUCUCAAAUCAAAAGGGCGUACUGGACUCGUUCAAAACCAACAGCGACAGUAAGAUACUAAUAACUACAGCUGUUGCUGAUGAAGGGAUUGAUAUUGCUCAGUGCAACCUGGUUCUCCUCUAUGAAUACUCUGGCAAUGUCACCAAAAUGAUCCAAGUCCGAGGUCGUGGAAGGGCAAAAGACAGCAAGUGCAUCCUUGUGACAAGCAAAAGCGAAGUGGCUGAGAAUGAGAGAAACAAUAUCUAUAAGGAGGAGAUGAUGAACAAAGCCAUUGAGCAGCUGCAGGAGUGGGAUGAGGAAAAGUUCGCAAGGAAGAUAAAUGACCUGCAAAACAAGGAAAAGACCAUGCGAGAUUCCAGAAAGAGAGGGAGAACACAAAAGCCCCUGGGGGGCAAUAGAAAAUUGCUCUGUGGGAAGUGCAAAGCAGAUGCCUGUAAUACAGAAGACAUCAGGGUUAUAGAGGAGUCUCACCACACAGUCUUAGGUGCCCUGUUUAAGGAACGUUUUCUAACAAAGCCUCACAAAAAACCAAGCUGCUAUGACAACUUUGAGAAGAAAUGUAAAAUGUACUGCCGGGACUCCAAGUGCCAGCAUGACUGGGGAAUCACAGUGAGGUACAAGACAUUCGAUGACCUCCCAGUGAUCAAAAUUGAAAGCUUUGUGGUGAAGGAUGUCACAACUGGGAAACUCUCAGUUUUCCGGAAAUGGAGGGAUGUGGAUUUUGCGAUGAGGGAAUUUGACAUUAAUGAAAUGUCCAGUACAGAGUGAGUAACAACUGGUUCAUCACCACCCUACUGUGUGAGCUAUUUCAUACACAAAUGCACAUUCCUAAAUACAUGCAGAAUGGGCAAAUGGCAGCACUUGCUUAAAGGGGGCUCUGCAGUCUUUCAUUCGUAAUUCUAUUAUGAAGGUUACGCUAUUUUGUACUCAGUUCUAAGUGGAUGGAUGUAGACUAAUAAUGCUCUAAGAACUAUUGUAUUUCAUGCCAUGGCUGAUAGACUUUUUGCCCAUUUUAUCUCAAUAGUCUGGCAUUCUUUUAUGUACACUCCCUCUUCAUUGUUUGUCACCUCCAACAGACUAGUAAGAACACUUCCUAAUUUGUAUUCUGACUGUAUGCUUAGUUAAGUCUUCACCUCUGCAAAAUAGUUUGUGUGGGGGGAAAAAACCAAAUUGAAUGCCUAAUCAAACUUAUUAGCUAAAACAUCUAGAUAGUUAGGUGCAAUUCUAUAAGUGAACAGUUGAAGUUGCAUGAUUUGCAUUGAUGUAUCUGUUUUGUUGCUAUUUGUUCAUGUUGCACUUUAUGCAGACCAUGUAGCCUGAACUCAUUAAAUCUUAAAUUCAA